ACCAAUGAACCGCUUGGAAGUUCCCUCACUGCGUCCCGGAAUUGUCUUCAUGCUACGCGUUCUCGGCCAUUUUUACAAGUAGAAGCUCUCCGAACACACAAAACACAACACAGCCCCGCACCUCUGUAAAUACAUACGGAAUAUCCCGCUGCGGCGAGACGUGAACAGCAGUGAUGUCAGACUUUAUCGAGAGCGAGGCUGAAGAGUCAGAGGAGGAAGAGUUUGAAGAGAAAGACCUAAAGCCCAAGAAGACCCAAAGGUUUAUGGAGGAAGAUGAUGAAGAGGAUGAAGAGAACACUGAGGACCAGGAUGAGCAAGGAAAUUUACGCGGACUCAUUGAUGAUGGAGACGAGGAGGAGGAGGAAGGAGAGGAUGAAGAAGCUCGAAAGAGUGGGAGUGGAGGGGGGAGUGACUCAGAAGAGGAAGUGAGGCAUCGGCGUAAAAAGCGCAAUUACGACGACUACCUGGAUGACGAUGAUCUCGACCUCAUUGAGGAAAAUUUGGGCGUCAAAGUUAAAAGAAGGAAGAAGAAAUACGACCGUGUAAAAACACUUGACGAUGAUGAAGAAGACGAUGAUGAGAAGGACUUGAUUGCAGAUGAAAUCUUUCAUGGGGAUGCAGAGGGCGAGCUGGAGGAAGGCGAGGCUGUCGAUGAGCCUCUCCACCACGGAGACGACGAUGAAGAAGGAGAGGACGAGGAGUCAGAUAUUGAUGAUUUUAUUGUGGAUGAUGAUGGUCAACCGAUCACCAAAAAGAGGGGCAAGAAGUUCUCAGGAUACACAGAUGCAGCCCUCCAGGAGGCCCAGGAAAUCUUUGGUGGCGACUUUGACUUUGCUGACUUUGACGCAGACGCUUACGACCAGGGCGAAGAGGAAGAAGAGGACCAGGACGAAGAGAGCUGGGACCGACCCAAGAAGCAGACUAAGAGAAGACAAGGGAGGAAGAGCAUCUUUGAGAUCUACGAGCCCAGCGAGCUGGAAAGUAGUCAUAUGACCGACCAAGACAAUGAGAUCCGUACUACAGACAUGCCUGAGAGGUUCCAGUUACGGUCCAUCCCUGUUAAACCUGCUGAGGAUGAGGAGCUAGAAGAGGAAGCAGAGUGGAUCUUCCGGCACGGCUUCUCCACUCUCACUAUCUCCAUGCAGGAGAGCACUGACUAUCUAGACAGGGGGACAACCACAAACUUCAGCAGGAAAGGUCCCAGCACAAUUGCCAAGAUCAAAGAAGCCCUUAACUUCAUGAGGAAUCAACAGUUUGAGGUUCCAUUCAUAGCUUUCUACAGAAAAGAAUAUGUGGAGCCUGAACUCAACAUCAAUGACCUGUGGAAGGUUUGGCAGUGGGAUGAAAAGUGGACCCAACUGAAGACCCGGAAGCAGAACCUGACUCGUCUGUUUCAGAAAAUGCAGUCCUACCAAUUUGAGCAGAUCUCAGCGGAUCCUGACAAACCUUUGGCUGACGGCAUCCGUCCUCUGGACACUGCUGACAUGGAGAGGCUAAAAGAUGUGCAGACUCUUGAGGAGCUAGGUGACGUGUACAACCACUUUCUGCUCUACUAUGGCCGAGACAUUCCCAAAAUGCAGAAUGCUGCUAAGGCCAGCAAGAAGAGGCUGAAGAAGAUCAAAGAAGUGUCAGAGGAUGGUGAAGAAGAGGAACUGGAGGUCGAACAACAAGAAGAAGAACAGAAAGGUCCUGACCUCAAGCUGGCGUCUCGUAGAGAUAUGUACAGCAUCUGUCAGAGUGUUGGACUUGAUGGUUUGGCUAAAAAGUUUGGGUUAACUCCAGAGCAGUUUGGAGAAAAUCUGAGAGACAGUUACCAACGUCACGAGACCGAGCAGUUCCCAGCAGAGCCUGUAGAGCUGGCCAAAGAUUAUGUUUGCAGUCAGUUUUCCACUCCUGAGGCAGUGCUGGAAGGGACCAGGUACAUGGUGGCCAUGCAGAUUGCCCGUGAACCUCUGGUCAGACAUGUUCUCCGACAGACCUUCCAGGAAAGAGCCAAAAUCAACACCAAGCCUACGAAGAAAGGCAAAAAGGAGGUCGACGAGGCUCAUUUUGCCUACUCCUUCAAGUAUCUUAAGAACAAGCCUGUGAAAGAGCUGAAUGGGGAUCAGUUCUUGAAGAUGUGCCUGGCUGAGGACGAGGGGCUGCUUUCCAUUGACAUCUGUAUAGACCUUAUAGGUGUGAAAGGAUAUGCCGGCGACCAGACCUACUUUGAUGAGAUCAAACAGUUUUACUACAGGGAUGAGUUCAGUCACCAGGUGCAGGAGUGGAACAGGCAGCGAACUCUGGCCAUAGAGAGAGCGCUCACUCAAUUCCUCUACCCUCAGAUGGCAAAGGAGCUCAAGAGCAAGCUUAUCGCUGAGGCCAAAGAGAGCAUUGUCAGGUCCUGCUGUCGUCGGUUGUAUAACUGGCUCAAGGUGGCUCCUUACAGGCCAGACCAGCAGGUUGAGGAAGACGAUGAUCUGAUGGAUGAGAAUCAAGGCAAAGGCAUCCGGGUGCUGGGUGUCGCCUAUGCACCCAGCAGAGAUACACCAGUCUUCUGUGCUCUGAUCAAUGGGGAAGGAGAGGUGGUCGACUUUUUGCGUCUGCCCUACUUCAUGAAGAGGAGGAAUGCCUUCAGGGAGGAUGAGAGAGAGAAGAAGGCCCACGACAUUGAGAAUCUCAAGAGGUUUCUGUCCAGUAAGAAACCUCACGUGGUGGCUGUUGCUGGGGAAAACCGAGACGCUCAAAUGAUUAUGGAGGACAUGAAGAGGACUAUUGGUGAGCUUGAGCAAGAGUCGUCUCUGCCUGCUGUAGGAGUGGAACUUGUUGACAAUGAGUUGGCCACGCUGUACAUGAACAGCAAGAAGUCUGAGGUUGAUUUCAGGGAUUACCCUCCCUUGCUGCGACAGGCUGUGUCAAUAGCCAGGAAGAUCCAGGAUCCCCUGAUGGAGUAUGCUCAGGUGUGCAGCACCGAUGAUGAUAUUCUCUGCCUCAAACUACACCCGCUACAGGAACACGUGGUGAAGGAAGAUCUGCUCUGUGCUCUUUACUGUGAAUUCAUCAACCGUGUCAAUGAGGUUGGAGUGGAUGUGAACAAGGCCAUCGCCCACCCUCACACUCAAAGCCUGGUCCAGUAUGUUUGUGGUCUGGGACCAAGGAAGGGGUCCCAUCUGCUGAAGAUUCUGAAGCAGAAUAACACUCGUCUGGAGAAUAGAACCCAGCUGGUCACAAUGUGUCACAUGGGACCCAAAGUUUUUAUCAACUGUGCUGGUUUCAUCAAAAUCGACACUGCGUCGCUCGGGGACAGUACGGACUCCUACAUCGAGGUCCUAGAUGGAUCUCGUGUCCACCCAGAGACGUACGAGUGGGCUCGCAAGAUGGCUGUGGACGCCCUUGAAUAUGACGAGUCAGCAGAAGAUGCCAAUCCAGCUGGAGCUCUGGAAGAGAUCUUGGAAAAUCCAGAACGCCUCAAAGAUCUGGACCUGGAUGCCUUUGCAGAAGAGCUUGAGAGACAGGGUUACGGCAACAAGGGAAUUACUCUGUAUGAUAUCCGUGCAGAGUUGAGCUGUAGGUACAAAGAUCUGAGAGUUGCUUACAGAGUCCCCAACACUGAAGAGGUCUUCAACUUGCUGACCAAGGAGACUCCAGAGACCUUUUAUAUCGGUAAGCUGAUCACCAGUAUAGUGACCGGUAUCGCUCACCGGCGGCCUCAGGGAGAGAGCUACGACCAGGCCAUCCGCAACGAUGCCACAGGGUUGUGGCAGUGUCCCUUCUGUCAGCAGGAUAACUUCCCUGAACUCAGUGAGGUGUGGAAUCACUUUGACAGUGGUUCAUGUCCAGGUCAAGCCAUCGGUGUGCGGUCCAGAUUAGAUAACGGUGUCCAGGGAUUCAUUCCCACCAAGUUUCUCAGUGACAAAGUGGUCAAACACCCUGAGGAGAGGGUCAAGGUGGGCAUGACAGUUCACUGCCGCAUCAUGAAAAUCGACAUUGAGAAGUUCAGUGUGGACCUAACAUGCCGCACCUCAGAUUUGAUGGACAAGGCCAACGAGUGGAAGCUCCCCAAGGACAGCUACUACGACUUUGACACAGAGUCCGAAGACCAAAAACAGGAGGAGGAGCUCAAAAAGAAACAGCAGCGAACACCAUAUAUAAAGCGUGUGAUCGCUCAUCCCAACUUCCACAAUAUCAGUUUCAACCAAGCAGAGAAGAUGAUGGAGACCCUGGACCAGGGAGACUUGAUCAUCAGACCCAGCAGCAAGGGAGAGAACCACCUCACCGUCACCUGGAAAGUGGCUGAUGGCAUCUACCAGCAUGUGGAUGUGAGAGAAGAAGGCAAAGAAAACGCAUUCAGCUUAGGACACACUCUCUGGAUCAAUAAUGAAGAAUUUGAAGAUCUGGAUGAAAUCACUGCUCGGUACAUCCAGCCAAUGGCGUCGUUCGCCCGGGAUCUUCUAAGUCAUAAAUACUUCCAGGAGUGCCAUGGAGGAAACAAGGAGAAAAUGGAGGAAUUAUUGGUCAGGACAAAGAGGGAGAAGCCUACUUUUAUUCCGUACUUUAUUUCGGCGUGUAAAGAUCUGCCAGGAAAAUUCAUACUGGGCUACCAGCCCCGCGGAAAACCACGGGUUGAGUAUGUGACCAUCACCUCAGAUGGUUUCCGCUACCGUUCACAGAUAUUUCCCACUGUGAACGGACUAUUCCGGUGGUUUAAGGACCAUUACCAAGAGCCUGUGCCAGGAAUCACUCCCAGCAAUAGCAGCCGAACAAGAACACCUGCAUCCCUGAACGCCACCCCAGCCAAUAUUAACAUCGCAGACUUGACGCGAGCUGUCAACGCACUCCCACGCAACAUGACCUCUCAGAUGUUCAGUGCCAUCGCCGCAGUCACAGGCCAGGGCCAGAACCCAAACACCACCCCCGCGCAGUGGGGCUCAAGCCAGUACGGCUACAGUGGCAGCACAGGAGGAGGAGGAGGAGGGAGCUCCUCCGCUUAUCAUGUAUUUGCCACACCUCAGCAGCCCAUAGCAACACCCAUGAUGACGCCGAGCUACUCCUACACCACGCCCAGCCAGCAGGCCCUGGGCACGCCACAGUACCACGGCUCCACCCCGCAGUCCUCGCACUCUCAUGCACACACCCACCCACACGGGAGCCACGUGUCACACCACAGCCACCACGCCCACCACAGCAGCAGCAGCAGCGGCGGUGGCGGCGGCGGCAGCAGCAGCAGCAGCCACCAUGGCCAUUCGUCCGGCACGCCGUCGUCGUCAACUUCAUCCAGAGGACGGACGCCGCAGCAGCAGCAGCCAAAGCCCAGCGGCAGCAAUGCCUCUGCUGUGGACUGGGGCAAGAUGGCGGAGCAGUGGUUGAAAGAGAAAGAAGCAGAGGGGAGGAAGAAAGCCCAGAGGAUGACACCGAGGCCGUCACCCAGCCCCAUGAUUGAAAGUACACCCAUGUCGAUUGCUGGAGACGCCACACCCCUGCUAGAUGAAAUGGACCGAUAGGACACGCAGGGGGGCAUCGCUUCCCCCCCACCCCCACAACCCUCUACCUUCUGUCUCUCCCACAACCCAUCAACCCUUUCAGCCAGCUGACUCCAUCAAGCUGCCUGUUCAUUCACACGUUCUCUUCACCUCCUGCAGUUUAUCAGCCUGGUGUCACGGUUCAUCUCAGCUCCUUCCCUCCUUCCUUUCGUCCUCCUGUCUACCUAUCCCAAACGUUUCACCUCCUCACCUCCAGCCAACUCCUCUGGCUGCGUAGUAUUUUGUAUAGUCAGAAUAGCACUGUAUAUGUCAUGCAGAAAGUCAGUACAAUGACAAAAAAAAAAAACUUGAAAUAUCCGACAGCCGUUACAUAUAGGAUAUGGACCUACACAGACUAUGUCAGACAAGCUGUCUUACUAUCUUUAUUUUAUGCGAUUGGUUUUAGUUUGAUCCAUGAAUGGUUCUGACGGAGGGGCACAGUUAGUUUCCACAAGCCACCAUUCCUCCUUUACGGUUGGUGGAUUUUUUUUUUGCAAGCAGUUGCCAAAUGAACGCUUUGCCAAACCAAUCAGGAAAUUUCAUUUUUGUAUGGAAUGCGUCAGAAUGAAUAAAGACUAUUUGUUUUUCUGUUUGAACAUUAAGCCUCCGCUCUUCACAUCUGUCAAAUCAAGCAUGCGUGGCUGUACAGACACACGCACACACUGAAUGUGAGGGAUGAGGCUGGUAGAAAAAUUCAAAAAAGCUAAAUGAAAUGUGCGCUCAAGUUUCUCUCAAAACAAGAGUCACUGCUAAUUGUCUGCCUCCACCACACCACGCUGUAUUAUCAUCAGCUGACUGUGUUUUGGCUCUUGUAGAUAGCCUCUAAUGUAUUGUUGACUCUUAUUUGACCUAUCAGAAUAAUGUGUGGACAUGUUUGACACGUUAACAGUGGUUGUUGGGGUUUUUUCUGCCAGGCGGUGCAGAAGAAGUCAGUUCACAUUAAGUUAACUACAUUUUUGUUAAUUAAGUAACAAAAUCUAACGGGCAAAGUGGACGUACCUUGCCGUGUCAAGCAAGCAAGCAAGCAUCUAUGGCAGCGUCAGGGUCAUUUUUAAAAGUUCAAUUUGAAUCUUUUGUGUCUUUAAUGUUCGCGAUUCAGUGAGUAUUUCACUUUUGACACUGGGUGAUGAUGUUUGCAAACCUGUCGGCUCCCCUCAUACACCACUGCUGCAGUUCAGUCCCAGACAGUAUCCACAGUUCAUUUCAAAUGUUUCAGAGUUCAGAUUGGACCUGAUCUAAGCUGUUAGUAAAACCUUACUAUUGAACUGGCUUCCCACUGUGUUAAUAAUCCUGACCCUGUAUAAUAACCCCAACUGCACGCAGCUACUUUGCUGAACUGAAUAUAUCGUCAUUACAAACACAUGGAAUCUUUCUGUGAUCGUCUCGCGGCACUUUUCAGCCACGCUGCGUCCUUCUUUUUGUUUGGUUUGUUUGUUUUUUUUUGCUGUUCCUCUGCCACAGUACAAACGAGCAGCGCUGGUAUUAAAUGGUGUGCUUCAUUUUGCAGUGUGCAAAGUAUCAAGUCUCCUAAUAUGCAUAUUGUUUUAAAUAUUUCUGUUUUACGAAUAAACUCACUUGGUUUUACAUCUCUUGCCA